ACAUACAAGUUUAUGAUACGUGGUGAGAUCAUUACACACUUCGAUUGCAUGUUUACAAACCAACUGGGCUGUUUGCACAUAGAUUGCAGGUCUCUGCUGCUUUACCUUGCAAAUACACCCAUGUUUACAUUUGCUCCACACUGACAAUGGUCACUAUGGGUUACCUUGACUCACAACACAGGUAACCAAUCAGAACUCACAGUGGGGGCAGUUCUCUGGAAAAAAGAGGAAGCAAUAACUGGCAAGGUCUGAAGGGAAGAAGAAGAAGAAAAUCAACACGAUCCACACUGAUCAAAAGCCUCUGUGGCUUUUUCAUUGGUGUCUGGGAAUUAAUAAGAGGAAACUGAUCAGAGGUCCGUAAGCAGAUGAAGGUUCGGUUUGCCAAAAAGGAUGAGAACCACUUCCGUUCUUCUUCUGGAUCCUCCAGGCAGCUGCAGCUCUGCCACAUACAGACACAAACUAUAAACACAAGGUUCAGUCAGACCACAGGACAGUUUGCAGCAGCCCCCCCCCCCCCACCACCACUUCCUCAUCGAGAGCGAAAGCGCGUUUCCUGUGACGCCUCUGUCUCUCUGGUCAGUUGGUUUACUCACGUCACUCUUGCACUGUUGAAUUGUGCUGCAUAGAAAGAGACCGGCCUCAUCAUAUGCUGGGGACCCUGGAUCGUUCAGGACACAGAAACACACCGGACCUCAACUAACAGACUUCAGAGGAAAGCUGCGAUGCCGUUUUCACCCAGUUAAGGUUGUGUGGGGGAUUGAGAUUGUCAGCCAUGCUGCAGCAGUCAGACCUCAUUUUUGACUUUGCCAGUGACCAUGUCAAUAUGUCACAGUUGGGCAGUUACUCAGAUUACCCUUCAGUGAUUGUGGAGCAGCUGCCCCAUUCACACCUGCUCUCAUAUGGAGGUCUGACGUAUGAACAGUCGCAGACGGACCAUCACCAGCCGCUGCUCAAAGUGGAGCAAUGUGAAAGUGGAGAGGAGGAGACCAUGGAGACGCUUGUUGCUGCCGACUCUCUCCUUAACAUGGACUGCCCUGAUACCCUCUCCCUGGAGCACUACUCAGCCCAGACCUUCUUACCAUCACUGAGUGAUGUCAUCACGACUCCUGUUACCCAGGUGACCGUGUUAGCGGAUCGGAUGGUGGGAGCCUUUGACGAGCCACAAUGGCCCUCGUUGCACACAAACAAGCCUGCGGCACAGCUGCAGUCCAAAAAGAGAGGGAGAAAAGUUCGACAUAGAAGAGCGGAGUCUCCCACACCGGACAUUAUAGUGAAGAAGGACAAAUACAACAAAGGAGGAAACACACUGUACCUGUGGCAGUUCCUGAUGGAGUUGCUGCAGGACCGACAGGUGUGCCCCCGCUACAUUAAGUGGACCAAUCCUCACGCAGGAAUCUUCAAGUUGGUCAACUCCAAAGCAGUGGCCAGACUCUGGGGCAAACACAAGAACAAGCCGGACAUGAACUAUGAGACGAUGGGCAGAGCGCUGAGGUACUACUACCAAAGAGGCAUCCUAAAUAAAGUUGAAGGCCAGCGUCUUGUCUACCAGUUCACCUCGCUGCCCAAAGAUAUGAUUUAUAUCACAGAUGGCGAUGGCAUCAAAGUGGAAGACGACGACGAUCACGACGACAUAAGCGGCAACGAUGAGGCCGCGAGUGAUGACUCGGAUGCCAGCACCGUACCGUCUAGUGAACAGUCAAUUGAGGAGGAAGACGACUCGCCCCCUCCGCAGAAAAAAACGCCCGUGUGCUCAUUUCGAGGCCCCGCCUCUCGGCGGGCCAAGUCGGCAACGCGGCCCGCAGGCCAGCGCAAGACCGUCCUGAGGCCCGCCAGCGCCAGCUUGAUCCAGGAGCAGCACUUGCCUAUUGUGUCCGCGGAGAUGCUACGGACCCUGCAGAACCUGCCAAAAGUCCAAUCCCUGCAGGGGCCACGCCUCGGCCACGCCUCGGUCUUCAAAACGGCCCAGCUGCUGGGGAGUCUGUGCGAGCGGCAGGCCGCCGCGGAGACGGCUUUGGACGGCGAGUGUGCUCACGAGACGCCCAAUGGAAAGUCGCACCCAGGACCCAAAAGUUCCAGAAUGGAGGCUCCACAGCUGGUGCCCUUUACUAGCUUUCAUCAGUAAAAAACAAAUAAAAAGCCAUCGCGUCCCUCCCCCCCGCCGCCAGAAACACACACACACAUACACACUCACUCCACUGACUGAGGACCAGCUACAGAGCUGCGCCAAUGUCUGCACACAUGGGUAUUGGUCUAGGAUUGUUUUUGUAUUUUAGAUUAUAUUAUGAUAUUGUAUAACUAAAGCAAUUCGAGAUCACUGCUUCCUCUCGGAGUUGGCAGCCAACCCACAACAUCUAGCAGUUUUCUUUCUAGAGCUUCUAAAGCUCAUGUGCUUUGGCUCAGCCUUCUGUCAUGCUCUCCAGCGUUUGACCACGCACGACACCAAAGACAGACAUGCACUGGAAUCUACAACCUCUCUGCACCUUUUGCAGAUACACCCUCUGCUUGCACUUCACCUCCCGCUGUCACGGAGCAAAUUGUCCGAUAAGUACACUGUGCCUUCUUUCUCUGCCUUAACUCUUGCUCUUUGUCACUUUUUAUUGUUUUUUUGUAUCACAUGCUGAAUCAUUCCUCUUGCUCUUUGUCACUCUUUAUUGUUGUUGUUUUUUCUAUCACAUGCUGAAUCAUUCCUCUUGCUCUUUGUCACUCUUUAUUGUUGUUGUUUUUUCUAUCACAUGCUGAAUCAUUCCUUUGCCUUGAAAAUGGCUAUGCACUAAUGUUUAAGCCUGCUGUAUGUUUCUGCUCUUAAGUGCCUGACAAUCCCAGUCCCUCCUGUCCUUGCUUCUUGUACUCCUGAUAAUCAUGAGGUUCUUGAGGGAAAACAUUCCAUGUUAUUGUUAUUUUCUAAGAUUACUGAAUUAUGUUUGUAUUGUGAAAUGUUGAAAAUAAGGGAUCACUGUUAUUUCUAGAGUAGCAAUUGAGCACUGCGGCUGCCUGUAGUUAAUUGUAUCUACUCAGUGGACUUUCCUUUUGCUGACAAUCACCAGUGAAAUUGCCUUUUAUUUAGCUGCAUUGCCUUCUGUAAAGUCCUAUUGCUACUAUUUAGCUUUUCUAGUAUUCAUACUUUCUCCUUAGUUAUUGCAUGUCUCUGUACACAAAUUCAUAUAUGGACCUCUAAAGCCAUAAUAUCUUUAUGUAUUGUGUGUUAUAUACUGUAUGUCUGUGCACUGCUUGACUUUGUGCCUUGUUGCCAUUUUCUCCCUCAGGUUGGUACAAAAAAUAGUUUUACUGCACAGACAAUAUUAUACUCUAUGCAAGAGUAAAACAGCUGGCCCUUAUGUAAUGCAGUAAUGCUAAAUUGAGUGUUUUCCCUUCAGUUGUUUUGAGUUAAACCUCACUCUAAAUGAAAAAUGUAGCUUUUAAGAUUCAAGUGAACUUAUGUGAGGCUGUAUUUGCUUUCUCUCCAGGGAACCGUAUGCAAAACUGUUUUCACUUUAUUGCUAAUUAAGACAUUUACUUGGAAUCCCCUUGCUUAGCCUCAUCUGGAGAUCUUUUGAUACUGUAAGUUUCACUGAUGUUAUAUAAGCUUGUUGCAGAGAGAGACGGAGUUUGUGUUGCCUUACUUUGGUGUGUUUGCUUUCAUGCAGUCCAGAUGUAUUGAAAAGAUAAUGGUCUAUUAUAUAAAAUAAACUUAAUUUUGUUAUUGUCA